GAAAAGAAAUCGCUACGUCUAGCCGUACAAAUGGUUGGCAAUCAGGUGUGGUCAACAGCAAAAUUCGAUGAAACUUCGCAACAGUCGAAAGAAAUGUCGUACCGUUUAGAAGACACGAAAGCCAUGGUUCUGAAUUUAAUUGUUUACGUGAAAGAGAUGCUCGCAAAUAAAAUGGAGGAUUCCAACGGCAUCGAUAUUGGGAGAAUGCCAUCUUCGUGCACGGAUCUGGCGCUGGUUGGACACACGAAAAGCGGAUUGUAUUGCGUCAUGGGAAGUAAAAGCAUCGAAACUGUCUACUGCGAUUUUACCAAGCAAAUGAACGAUUCUGAUUUCCAGAAAUUCUUGGGAUACGUUGACGUCAAAUCAACGCCUACCUUUUUCCACGUGCAGAAAAAUGCUUCCUUCUCUUACGUCGAUGUUCCAAUUCCCUUUGAGAUUGUGAAUGCUAAUUCCGGCAAGGCGAUGAACGUGGCAACUGGGAUAUUUACGGCACCGCGAUCGGGAACGUAUUACUUUUCUUUCGCCGGAUUGGCUCAAUUUCAAUCGUCUUCGAAUUCCGCAGAUUUAGAAAUUCGCCUCUUCUUAAACGACGUCAGGAUCACGUCCAGUUACACCACAAAGGCCAGCUCUUGGUCCAGCACGUCCAAUGAUAAAUUCAAUCAAAUUACGUUGCAAUCGACGUUGAAUCUCAAAGAGGGUGAUGAUGUUUGGUUAGAGAUUUAUUCACAUGGAAUUGGAGUGUCUCUGCACGACGCUGCUGAUUGGCACCACACUCAUUUCACCGGUUUGCUAGUCGAGGAAGACCUUGUCUAGUUAAGCAAAUUGCAUAUUCUUACUGUGUUAAAAAUAUAGAGCAGCAGCACGUCACAAGAUUCACGUGCAAUUCUUUUUUUCGAAUGAUUGUUUGCAUAAACACCCGGUAGAGGCCUCUGUCUCCUUCUUCUUUAAAUAAACGCACAGUCAACGUUGAAUUUCAAGUGAAUAAAGAUGAUUAAGACUACCAGACUAAAGAUUACGUAACAUUUGACGCCAGACUGCUUCACGUUGAAAUAUCCAUUACCUUCGUUUGUGCACAUUUUUCUCUAUUUGGAAACGAAAGGAGCAAGGACAAAGAAUACGCCCCCACUAUUCUUUCAGCUGCAGACAUGAAGAAAAUCACGUAGUCAUUUGAGGACAUCACUGGUUAUCGAGAAUGCGACAAGUUCGGGAUUGUUGAUGAAAGACGUGUUCUUCGUUUUCAAUGAGGAUAUCUGUGCCGGCGAAUGCUGUGCGUUUAUAUAUCACCCCUUGACUUUCAGAUUCAAUAAACAACUCGGUUACGUGCAAAGAUGCAACGAUUCGAAUGAAAACGAGAACUGCUUAUUGAUUUCUUCUUCAUUAGGAGCAUGUUUAGUCGAACCUCUAAACUGAACGCACAACGUCAGUUAUCCGGAAUGUUCUGUCUGUGCUACAUCUGCCUUUCAUAUCUAAUAGAAUUCUUUAAAAAGAUUUGCUAUAUGACAUAGUCAUGUUUUUUUGGAACGAUUUUUUGUUUUUCUUUCGAUGUAGUCUGAACGUAUCGGAUAGGAGAAUGGGACAAGGACUCGUUGACCUUCCGGUUCCGUCAGAUACGAAUGGAAUUUUGUGUAGACAAUAGACAGCAGUUGAGUUAGUGGAUAUGCACUAUAGACUGGAAAAUAUA